AUGAAGUUUACCGCUCUCCUCAGUGCCGCCCUCCUGGCUCAGAGCUCUCUUGCUCACCCAGGCGAAAGUGCUGCGGAACACGCAAAGGAGGCUGCUGAGCGAAGAGCCUACUUAGUGAACAACAAGCGGUCCCUCGCGCACUGCGCUGAUGCACUCAAGGCGCGUGGUAACGACAUCGUUAUGCACGCUCGCCGCAGCGCCAUGGUAGACGAUCUCCGCGCCAAGCGGGCCAUCGCCCAAGAGAAACCCUAUCUCCGAAUUCGCGAUCUCGACACCGUGCUCGCCACUGACCACAAGUCGAACAUGACUGGCAUCACCGUUAACACCGACCCCGCCACUCUCUUUGUUGGAAACAACUCCUGCAUCCUUACACCUGAAGUUACGCAAGGCCCUUACUGGGUUGAAGGCGAGCUCGUACGCGAGGACGUUACAGAAGAUCAAGAGGGCAUCCCUAUGACACUGGAUAUUCAGAUCAUCGAUGUAAACACAUGCGAGCCUGUUCCGCAGGCUUACCUUGAGAUGUGGCACUGCAACGCUACCGGUGUGUACUCUGGUGUCGUAGCUCAGGGUAACGGAGUCGGUGAGGACGAUGAGUCGAACUUGCAGAACACAGCAUUGCGUGGCAUUCAGCAGAGUGAUGAGAAUGGUGUCGUUGUGUUUCAAACUAUCUUUCCGGGACAUUAUACUGGCCGUGCUACGCAUAUUCAUGUCAUGUCCAGACUCAACGCAACCGUGAAUGCAAACUCGACCCUUUCAGGUGGCCACGUCACACAUGUGGGACAGAUGUUCUUCGAUCAAGACCUUAUCACACUUGCCGAUACGGUAGAACCCUACGCCAGCAACGAACAGGAUGUCACUUCUAACUCGGAUGACUCCAUCCUCGCUGAAGAAGCUGAGGAUGUUGAUCCAUUUGUGGAGUACGUCAUGCUCGGCGACGAUAUCUCUGAGGGGUUAUUUGGGUGGCUGGCGUUCGGCAUGGAUUCGACCAACUCCUACAAUAUCACCCCAGCGGCAUACUGGACCGAAGAUGGAGGUGUCGAAAAUGAGAACUCUGGCGGCAUGGGCGGCGGCCCCGGCGGCGGCCCCGGUGGUGCUCCUAAUGGUACUAUGCCUUCUGGUACCGGUAUACCUACCGGAGCCAUGCCUUCAGGAGCUGCUAUAGAGUCGGUUGUGAGCACUUCAGUUGCCUCGUCUCUAAGUACCGCUGUCGCCUCAUCUGCUGUGUCCUCGGAUGCCAGUGAGAUCACCCCUAGCGCUUCUGGGGUCGUCGCGCCUUCUGACGCUCCUCAGAGUGGACGUGGACAUGGUAAGGGUCAGCAAAACCAAGCCAACCAACAGGGCCAGCGAGACCGACACAACCCCCAGGAUCAAGGGCAUUAA